GGGUUUGAGAGGAUUGACACCAAUUUUGAAAGAAGUUUUACUGUGGGUAAAAUGCUAUCAAACAGCAUCGCAUGCUACAGAGAAAUCUUUCGUGAAAGGAAGAGUCAGUCGAUACAGCCAGCUUUGUUGUUGUCCUAUUUUAAGAAAUUGCCACAGCUACCCCAGCAUUCAGUAACCACCACCCUGGUCAGUCAGCAGCCAUCAACAUCGAGGCGGGAUCCUCCACCAGCAAAAAGAUUACGACUCACUGAAGGCUUAGAUGAUGGUUAGCAUUUUUUAGCAAUAAGUAUUUUUUAAUUAAGUGAGCAGCCAGCUGGUGCAGAAGAAUGGCAUUGAGCCACUCCGUGAAGGAGCGAACUAUCUCUGAGAACAGCCUAAUCAUCCUGCUGCAGGGCCUCCAGGGCCAGGUAACCACCGUGGACCUGCGGGAUGAGAGCGUUGCCCGCGGACGCAUAGACAACGUCGAUGCGUUCAUGAACAUCCGCCUGGCCAACGUCACCUACACGGACCGUUGGGGUCAUCAGGUUGAGCUGGAUGACCUCUUUGUGACAGGCCGUAAUGUCCGCUAUGUCCACAUCCCAGAUGACGUGAACAUCACCACUACCAUUGAGCAGCAGCUGCAGAUCAUCCAUCGGGUGCGCAACUUUGGUGGCCAGGGCCGGCAGGAAUUUUCCUCCAAAAACUAUAAGUAAGGCUGACCCCUCAGCACAUCCCAGCCCCCACUCAGGUUCUUACUGAGUUCUGCUGAGCCAACUCCCUGCCGUUCCUCCCUGCCCUGAGCCUGAGAAGGGAGCAGGGACAGCCCAGAGACUAAUGUUGGACAGACACCUCCUGUCACUGCUGCCUUUCACAGAGUUCUACCUCCCAGACUCUCCCUCGGACCCAGAAGCUUAUUUAUCUCUUUGUGGCCUUGGGAUAAGUGACAAGCCCCUCUUUUGAUUAUUUGCAUCUAAAUUCCUGAUGUACUGAUUUAGGGAGACUGUCGAAUAGUUUUCAUUUCAACCCUCUGCCGGUGAGGAUGAUUAAAUGUACUCGGCCUGAGCCACCCGUAACUGUCCUCUUUUCUCUUGCAGUUGUGUUCAUGUUCUCAUAAGACCAAACGUGGAUACAAACAGGUCCAUGACUCAUGCUUUCCCUGCUGUGCAUGGGGCUCCCUGCCUUUCCUGUGUAGUGGGACACUGGUUCUCAAACUCCGAUGCACAUGGGAAUCACCUGGAGAGCUUUAAAAGAAACUGAAGCUUGGGUCCCACCUUCUGAUUUUCUGAUUUAAUUGGUAUGGGGCGUGGCUCGGCAUUGGGAUUUUUUUUAAGUUCCCCAGGUAAUUCUAAUAUGCAGCAAAGUCUGAGAAAUAGGAUAGUACUUCAGUCUGGUCAGGUGGAAAGUGGCUCUUCUCUUCAGACUCCCCAUGGAGGAGGCUUUUAGUCUCAUUUCUGUUUCCUGAGGUGGAGAAGUUGAAGUAUCCUGAACCCUCACCUCAGAUGUGGGAGCUCAGCCAACAGCAAGAAAUCACUCUCAGAUUCUGAGAGUUGUUGGGUCCUCAAGGCAGAGGGAGGGGGUUAUGGGGAUAAGAACCCAAGUCUCUUUAACUAUCUUCUGGUCAUUUCUGUGGAGCACUCUGACACACAUGCGGUCACCAUGAGUCGGAGUCGACUACAGCAACUACUUGAUUAGGCUAGUUAAGCCCUGUUUGCCCAAAUGCAGCACACAGCUGUUUCUUCUGGGGGUCUUGUUACCUCCCUGGCACUCCGCCCUGGAAAAGGACCACAGCUAGGAGCCUUGAGGAGAAGCUCCUCCAUUGUCAGGGAAGCCUCCAAGUGUCAGUCUCCCAGAUCCAGUGAUACACAGUUUUCUAAAUUUGUAUCUGCACGGGAAUUCUUUCCAUUCCUCCCUGAAGGCUAGGCUUUUGGAAUUCAGAAGCUAAAAAUUGACUCUGUGUUCUGUUGUGUCAUUCCUUUCCUGAAGGCAGGAAAGCAGAAUAGCCUAACUAUCUGCAUAAGGGAAGGGUGGAGGGACACCAAAGAAAAAAUGAAAGACAUAUUUCAACAUGUCAUGCCCCCACCGGAGUUUGGAUUUUAUGCCACUCAUUGCCAU